AUGCUGAAGCCGGGUGACCCGAGCGGCUCGGCCUUCUUGAAGGUGGACCCGUCCUACCUGCAGCACUGGCAGCAGCUCUUCCCCCAGGCGCAGCUGAAGGCUCCUCUUGCCACACCGCAGCCUCCACCUGACCGUCUCUCCAUCCCCGUGGACAGCCUGCGCCCAUCCCGCCUGCACAGCCACCUCCUGGCAUCCACACACUGCACCUCCUCCUCUUCUUCUUCUACAUCCUCCACCUCAGCUUCUUCUUCGGCAGCAGCGGCGGCGGCGGCUGCAGCAGCAGCAGCAGCGGCGGCGGCGGCAGCUCUCACCCCAUCCUCCUCCAUCUCCAUCUCCACUUCAGCAGGGAUCUCCCAGCUGCCCGUCCCCCAGCAGAUUGCACUCUUUGGGCAGGCGUUGGCCCCGGUGUGUGCUGGGCCAGGAGGACCUGGAGGAGGAGGAGGAGGAGGAGGAGGCAAAGGAGCGACGGCUAGGUUCAAGCUGACGUCAGAGGAGCUGGACUACUACCUGUACGGACAGCAGAGGAUGGAGAUCAUCCCACUGAGCAACCACACAGGAGAGGUCAACAACCGAUGUGACAUGUGUGCAGACAACAGGAACGGCGAGUGUCCGAUGCACGGCCCUCUUCACUCGCUGCGUCGACUCGUCGGCACCAGCAGCACGGCGGCGCCCGUCACCCUGCCAGAUGUCCCUGAUUGGCUCAGAGACCUGCCCAGAGAGGUGUGUCUGUGCACCAGUACAGUUCCUGGUCUGGGUUACGGGAUCUGUGCGGCCCAGAGGAUCCCUCAGGGAACCUGGAUCGGCCCCUUUCAGGGAGUCCCCCUGCUGCUGGACAAACUGCAGUCUGGAGCCGUCAGAAACUCCAGGCACCUGUGGGAGAUCUAUGAUGCAGAUGGGACGUUACAGCACUUUAUUGAUGGUAAUGAUCCCAGUAAGUCCAGCUGGAUGAGGUACAUCCGCUGUGCCAGACACUGCGGGGAGCAGAACAUGAUGGUUGUACAGUACAGGUCCUGUAUCUUCUACCGAGCGUGCAUGGACAUCCCCAGAGGCACAGAGCUGCUGGUUUGGUACAAUGAUUCCUACACUUCGUUCUUCGGUAUCCCGCUGCAGUGCAUCGCUCAGGACGAAAACUUAAACGUCCCAGGCACAGUGGUAGAUGCCAUGACCAGGCAGGAGUCUCUCCAAUCAUUCAGCAAGAAUGGCAAACCUUCCUCGUCUUCCUCCUCUUCCACCCCCUCCGCUGCCCUCAUGCGCUCCAUGGUCUUCCCCCACUCCCCCUGCUCUAGGAAUUUAUCCCUGUUGGACAAGGUUGGGGUCGCGGUUCAGUCAGACUCCAGUUUUGGCCAGUUGGGGUCAAAGAACCAGCGGAUCCUGGCAAGCCCAACCUCCACCAGCCAGCUGAGCAGUGAGUUCAGUGACUGGCAUCUCUGGAAGUGUGGCCAGUGCUUCAAAACCUUCACCCAGAGGAUCCUGCUGCAGAUGCAUGUCUGUCCGCAGAAUCCAGACAGACCAUACCAGUGUGGCCACUGCUCCCAGUCCUUCUCUCAGCCAUCAGAUUUGAGGAACCACGUCGUGACACACUCGAGUGAUCGGCCCUUCAAAUGUGGAUACUGCGGCCGUGCAUUCGCCGGUGCCACGACGCUCAACAACCACAUUCGCACGCACACAGGGGAGAAGCCGUUCAAGUGCGAGCGUUGCGACCGCAGCUUCACACAGGCCACUCAGCUCAGCCGCCAUCAGCGACUUCCCAACGAGUGUAAACCAGUGAACGAGAGCAGCGAGUCCAUCGAGGUGGAUUAACCCUCGACUGAAAAAUACUGACGCCGCAUCCACAUUAAGGCAGCUAAAUCUGAAAACGCAUCUUUUCCUCUCUGUUUUUGGCCCGUCAUCCACACUGAGACUGCUUAUUUUUACAGCCAAAAACAAGAUUAAAAAAAAAAAGAAAAUUGACAGCGGAUAAAUCUGAAAAUGCUCAGGAUUACUCUGGAAAGCACACAACCUCCAACAAAUGAUAUCAGAAAUUUAAUUUUAGAUUAGGCUCCAUAAUGUGCACACAGGAGGAAAACUG